GAGAAAUUUAAUUCGCGUGCACUUAUUUGUCUGAAAAUCGUAUAUAAUUAACAAAAGGUAAUCACAUGGAUGAAACAAACGAUAAUCGAUUGGAACUUACGCAGGUGGUGCAACUUCGAUCGUAUUGGUCAGAAUUCAGGACACAUCGUUCGACGUUCGUAUCUGUAUUGUUAUGAAACGCCUGCGCGAGUUUCCUUUUGAAAGGAGCGACGGUAGGGGUAACGCGGGAUUCAGGGGCGAAAUUGCACCGUGGUUUUCAACUACCGGAUAUCAGUGAAAGACGGGCGGUCUCGCGGUUAAGUCGUCCUUCAACUCCAUGUCGCCUUCUCUCGGUCUCUUCCUUCGCUACGGAAUUUUGGCGGUUAUUUUUAAGAAUGGUUUCUGUGACGAACACGAAUAUAGAUUGACAAAAUACUUGUUGGAUGGAUACGAUGCCGCUGUGAGACCAGCAAAAAAUUCCUCUCAACCUUUGGCCGUUGUCUUUGGUCUUUCUCUUCAUCAUAUCAUCGAUGUGGAUGAAAAAAAUCAAAUACUAACCACUAAUUGUUGGGUCACGCAAAUUUGGACCGAUCAUCAUUUGAAAUGGAACAUCUCGGAUUUCGCAGGAAUUCGAGUAAUUCGUGUCCCAUACAAUCGAGUUUGGAGACCUGAUAUUAUACUCUAUAACAACGCAGAUCCGCAGUACAGCUCAGCGAUUAUAAAUACAAACGUGAUCGUCAGUCACACGGGCGAAGUAGUAUGGCUCAGUCAUGGUAUUUUUCGUAGCAGCUGUGACAUAGAUGUUGAAUUUUUUCCCUUCGACGAACAAAGGUGUGCCUUGAAGUGGGCAUCUUGGACUUACGAUGGAUAUCAGCUCGAACUUGAGAAACAGAGCGAAAAAGGCGAUGUAACUAAUUAUAAAGCAAAUGGUGAAUUCGAUCUCGUCAAUUUUUCUGCCAGACGAAACAUCGAGUAUUAUUCGUGUUGUCCAGAACCUUACCCGGAUAUCACUUAUGAGAUUCGCUUACGACGACGAUCCAUGUUUUACGUCUUCAAUCUCAUCCUUCCUUGUAUACUUAUCAACGGUAUCGCUCUACUGGUAUUCUAUGUACCUUCGGAAUCUGGAGAAAAAGUUACUCUUGGGAUCUCAGCUCUUCUUUCGAUGACCGUCUUCCUAAUGACAAUACGCGAGACUCUUCCACCGACGGAAAAGACACCUUUGAUCAGUCUCUAUUAUGGAGUAAGCAUUUGUCUCGUGUCGUUCGCGUCAGGAUUAGCGGUAUUGACUUUGAAUUUACAUCAUCGUGGCACGAGAGUACCCGAAGUUGUGAGAUCGUUAUUUCUACACAAGCUGGCAAGAAUAGUGUUUCUUAAUUUUCAAGAAGAAAAUAAGCCGGGAUCUACAGAAUCGAUGAGAAAGGUAAAUAGUUGUCCAUUACAUUCUAAAACUGAUUUACCUCAACAACAAAUGACGUCACCUAAGCACGUUAAGAGAAAGCAGGAUGAUGAUAGCAGCAGUCCUAAUCUUCAUUUUGGAAAAGAUACUAAUUUGGAAACUCAAUGGACUCGCAUUUUGGGAAGAGUGCAUGCCACUAUUGAGAACAACGAGAGACGUCUAGCUGAACAAGAUAAAAGAGAAAGAACGGAAUUAGAAUGGAAACAAAUCGCUCUUGUUAGCGAUCGUAUAUUGUUAGGUAUUUUCUUUCUUAUGACUGUCGUUAGCACAGCUGUUAUUUUAUACGGUUCACCACCUACUACGGAAAGCAAAAACGAUGACUAAUCGUAGAAAUUAUUUUAGAUUUUAUUAAAGUCAAUUUUGUAUAAAACGUCAAAUUACAAUUGUUCGCUAUGCCGAUUAUAUUUAAUCGUAUAAUAUAUAUAAAAAAAGAAAACAUUAAAUUAUUAGAAUGACAGUAGUUAAACAAGCAAAUAAGACUUCGAAACUCGUUGUAUAGUUCGAUUGUGAUUUCUUUUUUUCGUGCGGCUAAUAUUAAGAGCAUGUUUAGCUAUACUUUUUUACACUGUGGAAUUUAAUAAUCAUAAGUUUACUUGUUAAAGAGAGACGUCAUUGUAAAUAUUAUAUCGAGUAUUAUAUACGAAUACCUAUCUCAGCUGCAUAAUUCAAUCGAUAAUUCAGUAAGUAAUAAAUAAUAAGGUAUAAUUGCUAUUUUAUUAAAUUUCAAGUAAUGUUUGCUUACAAUAUUUACUUCUUACAAUUAAUUUAAAUUCUUAUGAAAAAUAUACGGUAUUAAAGUUGGAAAAUAUUAAGCCAAGGAAAGGUUCGUUUAAAAGUAUAAUGUUAUAUAGAAUUGUUACAAAUUACGUAGUAAUAAAUAUCUUCAAAUAGCAUAUAUAAAAGAUUUAUAAUUCAAACGUUAAUAUUUAAUAAUAGUCAGGUACCGGUGCACAGGCGAUUUUUACAAAAUCUUCAUAUUUGACAUUACCAUUGAUGGAUACAUUGGCCUCUCGAAAGAUUUGCUCAACUUUAAUACAAAAAAUACUCGUAUAAAGAUUUUUGUAAGCAUAAAUUUUCUUAUCACAUUUCAAAUUUACAAUUACUCACCUUCUUUGUUACUUAAUUUUUCUCCCCAGUGAAGGAGCAUGUGAGCCAAUUGUCGCGCAGGUAUAGUACCAGUAUGAGCAGUAUCUGCAGCUUGAAAAGCUUCUAUUACUUCUUUCGGAAGAUCUUCCGCUCUUGUUUGCAAAUGCAUGGCUUCCAGAAAAUCAGCGAAUGACAUUUUUCCACCUAAGGUAUACGAAAACAAAAUUUUUAAUAUUUUACCGCAUAAUUUAGACCGACAUAAAAGUCAUUAUGAUUGCAAAAAAAAAAAAAAAAGAAAAUAAUUGGAAUAGCCAACCUUUAUCUUUAAGAUAUUUAUUCAAUUCUGCAAUCGUUGGACUGAGGCCUAACGACCUCAUAAUGAUGGUCAAUUCGUCUAAGGUCCGAAUCUGACCAUUGCGAGCAAAUAGAUAAAAACAUUCCCUGAAUUCUGUAAUGGAACAAGUCAGGAUCGUUAAAUAAGUGUUUAAUGAUAUGUAUAUCUAUAAAGAUGUAAAUAAAAAAAAAUAUAUACAUAUGUAUACGUAAAUAACAUAUUUUAGCAUAUAGUAAACAAUAUCAAAAUAUAAUGUACACAAGGAACAUACCAUCGAUAUCUUCUUCUCGAAAGUAGCGAGCCUAAAAUAAAAAAUGUCAAAAGUG